GCCCCGGACCUCGUUAGUUCCUUCUUCUCAAUCCAGCAACAAGAAAUAAUCCCAGCAUGUUGGUUUACGCCAACCUCUGCCCUGGACGUGUCAGUUGCCAUCAACAUUAUCCGUGAGCAUGGGUGCCAUUUUGCAGUUAAGAGUGGUGGUCAUGCAACAAAUGCACGGAUGAGCAGUGCGGAAGGUGGGGUGACGAUUGAUAUGCGACUAUUUGAUUCUGUUGAACUUCUAGGGGAGGCUGGUGAUGGAGAGGGAGAAGUUACGAGGAUUGGGACAGGCGGGAGGUGGGGAGAGGUGUAUAAAAAGCUUGAGCCGUAUGGGAAGACUGUUGUUGGGGGGCGGGACCGGAGGGUCGGUGUUGGUGGUUUGAUGUUAGGUGGUGAGUCCCCCCGCGGAAUAUCUUUCAUCUCGAGGCGAAACGGCUGGGCAAUCGACAACGUUCUCAACUACGAAGUAAUCCUCGCAAAUGGCACCAUAGCCCAGAUCUCGCAACCCACUGCCCCAGACCUCUAUUGGGCUCUACGAGGCGGAGGGAAUAACUUCGGCAUCGUCACACACUUCGAUCUCGCCACUUACCCAUUGACUCAAGCCUGGGGAGGGUACAAUUUCUACCUCCUUUCCGAUAUUUCAUCCCGCAUGGCUUCGCUUUCCUUGCCACCCGCCCCUCCUUUCACCCUCACGACCAAAGCCCUCUCCACGCUCGGCAGCUUGAUCAACGCCGGGGCAUGUAAACUAGGCUACUGCAUCACUAUUUCCGACUGGCUGAACGCCUACCUCUCCAUCCUCCAAAAAGAACAGUACGAUAUAGACGCACAAUUAAUCGUUGCGUUAGCGUAUGUGCCGGGGUUGGACCUCUGGACUGCGUUUGCCAAUAAUAUCUAUGCUAAGCCGGUCCCAAACCCGCCAGUCUUCUCCGCCUUGAAGAAACUACCACAUGUCUACUCCUCGAACAGAGUUGCGAAUUUUUCCUCGUACCACAAGGAGCUAAAUGAUUGGAAUGAAGGUGGCUACCGACAAGUCUGGAGCGCGCUCUCUAUCAAGCCAAACUUUGAACUUAUGCAAAAGUUGGUUGAUAUCUUCAUCGAGGAAUCGGAAUCCAUUAAGCACGUCAAGGACUUCAUGCCCAGCACCGUCUUCCAAGCGAUCACCGACGAGAUCUCACACAUGUCUCGCAACGGCGGGAACUGUCUCGGUCUCAAGGCCGAAGACGCUCCGAUCCUGGUGUAUUCGUUUACGAUACGGUAUAACUUGAGGCCGGAGGGAAAAGAGGACGAGCUUGUGGAGGCGGCAGGGAAGCGCAUCGUCGAUCGCUCUAUUGCCGUCGCCAAAGAAAUGGGGCUGUGGCAUCCGUAUGUGUAUCUGAAUUAUGCGGAUGUGAGUCAGGAUGUGUUCGCGGGGUAUGGGAAAAAGAACCGCCAACGACUUAGAGCGAUACAGCAGAAAUGGGAUCCAGAAGGGGUCUUUGGAGCAAGGUUGCAGCCCGGGGGGUUCAAAGUGUGA